CGCAGGAGCACCGAGAUGCGGCGGCUGCCCUUCUAGGCUGCGAGAGACGCCGGCGCGCACCUCUGUGGCCGCGCGGUCGGCCAUGAGCACCAUGAGCAAACCGCUGCAGGUGGCCGCCCUGCUGGGAGUCGGGGCCACCGUGGGCUCCGUGCUCUUUGCGCUGGUGACCCCAGGAGAGCUGCAGAAGAAGGGCAUGCUAAAGGAGAUGCCGGAGCAGAACCCGCGGAUCCAGGACGAGGCAAGCUGGAGGCAGCAGCUGGUGAUGGAGACGCUGCAGAAGGCCGCGGCCACGCAGGAGAACGUGGCCUGGAGGAAGCGCUGGUUGGCUAGCAACCCCGGGAGGUCGGAGUGAGACGGGCCGGCCCUUCUCUGCGAGCCAAGUGGGGAGUCCUGACCUGGACCGUGGCUUCGGGGGAGCAGGUUCCCUCCAACCCCUGUGCACGUCCCCGGCCUGAGUCGGCAUGGAGGUCGGAUGUGACGGACAUCGAACAGUAAAUCCUGCUUGUCUGUCCCGAGAGUGAGCUCUGCAGGACCCCUCCAAGUGCUUAGGUGUGGGGGCCGGCGCUGCGGGCACCCCUGGAUGCUACUGCUCUCCUGCCCCUAAAAGCCCAGCAGGCUUAGUGACCACAUUUUCAAAACAAUCGGGUCACGUGGUGUUACGUAUGCGUGUGCUUCUGGGAAGAGCCAGACUUAAACUCAGGACUUCCAUGUUCUUGCUUAGCUUUUGCUCUCGGCCGAUUCUACCAUUCGAGCCACACCUUCGCUUCCAGCUAUUUACUGGUUAAUUGGAUAAAAGAGUCUUGAGGAUUUGGCUGCCCUGCCUAGUAUGGAACCUUGAUCCUCAGAUCUCAGGCUCUUCAGUAUUACAAGCAUGAGCCACAGGUGCCCAGCUCAGGUAAUAG